AUGGAAGGGAAGAGCAGUUGUUCUUCUCUGUCUUCUUUGUGGGAGGUGAUCGUGAAGUGCGACGAUAUUUGUUUCACUCAUGUGCUUCCGAGAUUGAAUUCGAAUGAUCUCAAAUUCUUGGACAGAGUGAAUACGGAGACGAGAAAGUUGAUUAAGAGAUCGUCUCGCGCGGGUGAUUUGAAGAAGAGGUUUAAGGUCGAAGAGAUGUCGUCGAUAUCGACUUUGGAAGUCGCGUGGGAGCAUAAAUCGUUGAUUAUAAAUUGGCCGAGACACUGGGACGAAACAUAUUUCUCCGAGAAAGUUGCUCGAACGAAUAAACUCGAGUUGCUCGAGUGGGCGCGAGAGGAGAAAAAGUGUAGGUGGGAUGCACGGACAAUUAAAGCGGCAGCAUAUCAUGGUAAUAUGGAAAUGAUACAGUAUUGCGUUGCAAAUGAGUGUCCUAUUGAUGAGAGGGCGUGUGCAGGUGCUGCCCAAAACGGUCAUCUCGAGUGCCUCAAAUACUUACGCGAAGAAGUCAAAGCGCCUUGGUAUUGGUAUACUGCCACAAGGGCGGCUAAAUAUGGUCAUCUUCAUAUACUCGAAUAUCUUGUUGAACGUAAAUUUGAUGAAUUUACUGAAAUUGCGUGUGAGUUUGCGGCCAAGUACGGCCACUUGGACUGUUUGAAGUACUUACACGAAACCGCCAAAGCGCCUUGGGACUAUCGGGCCGUUCGACAAGCGAACUUGUACAAACACACCGAAUGUGUACAAUACCUCCUCGACAACAACUGCCCAUUACCACCUGGUUGGCGAUACGAACGUGGAGCGUUAUACACGAAUUAG